CGAGCGCUGCACGAGAGAAACGUUGCAGUCACAUGCUGCGAUACCGACAGGUGUAAUCUUCCAACAGAAUCAUCCAGCUCUGUUUCAAAACCAACAGAAGCGAUCCCAUUGUCAAAACCAACAGAAUCCAGUACAGUGUCAAAACCAACAGAAUCCAGUACAGUGUCAAAACCAACAGAAUCCAGUACAGUGUCAAAACCAACAGAAUCCAGUACAGUGUCAAAACCAACAGAAUCCAGUACAGUGUCAAAACCAACGGAAUCGAGCACAGUGCCAAACACCUUCACAGACAAACCAACACAACAUUUGCCGAGUUGCGUAAGAGACAUCGUGCUAAUUAUCGAAGACUUCGGGGACAAAACGUCUAAUCAGACGACGCACAUGAACCCCUCUACGCACUACAUGACCACCUUCCUGAAGGAAUUUGUAGCACGCCUCCCUAUUGGCCCCACGGGCAGCCUUCUGGGACUGGCCCUCAUUGAUUCAGACAUUCACAGCGUAUGGUCUCUCAUUGACCACGUGACCAACGACCAACUGCAAAUGGCUAUUAAUGGUAUACGGUUUCAACAUAGGAAAGAUAGACUCGAUAUUGAAAAUUUAGUAGAUUACCUUUCCAAAGAGGCAUUUGAUAAUAUGUCAGGCGACAGGCCAAGUGUACCAAAUGCAGUCGUCAUAUUUGUGGAUCACCGAGGGAGACCGGAUAUGCACCACGGUCAUGUUAGCGGGCUAGGUGCCGAUGCAAGGCAUGAUGUUCAAAAGGCUAGCGGUGACGUCAUUGUUGUCAACAUUGGGAGUACCGACCACAGCGCUGUGACCCAGAUGUCGGUGCUGGCCACGGACGCCCACCAUGUGUUCUCGGUCGCGGAUUAUGACGCAUUGUCCGGAAUCAAAGAUAUGCUUGUAAAUUUUAUUUGCAACUAAAUAAAAAAUAAAGGGCAUUCCUAGCUAUUCAUGUGCCUACAGUAUAUGAAUGUUAUUAUGACAAAGAACACCUGUUACCUUUUAUUUCUAAAUUAUUGCAAAACUAAGUUGAAAAUGUACUCUGAUAUCAAUAUGCUCAA